GCAUAAAAGACAAUUCAUCACGAUGUGGGAAAGCCCCUCAUGAACGAUUUAUUAUUGUGCCGGAAAAGUGUACCUUGUGCAUCAAGGAAGGCAAGUGAGUGUUUUACAAGAGGAGCUUGGGGGGGGGAACUUUCUUGCCGGAAGCUGGGGGAGGAAGGGAGAUAGUUUCUGCCAUGACAGGAGCAGAAGGGAGGAUAAGAAUCCAUGAUUCAUUGGGAAGAAGCUUCCUUAUGGAAGACUGUUAUACCCUCCAGGGCUCCCCUCUCCAGCCUCUCAAGCCGUUUAGCUACGCUGCACUGGCGGCCACCUACCCGCUGGGCGACGGACUACCUACUAUACUGCUUUCUCCAGCUAACGCCUUCCUCGUUCGACCAUCCCGCAACUUCUUCGUCUUUUCUUCCGCCGUCAUCCACUGCUGGACUGCCAUCUCCAUCUCCUUCUCCUUCUCCUUCUUGUCCUCUUUCAUACUCUUUCAUGUUCUUUCUCGUCUCCUUCUCAUUCUGUUACCUCCUGGCUCAUCGCCUUGCGACGAGUUCGUGUCUAUUUCUUUUGGUCUCGUUGAUAUUCAUUUGCAUGGUGCUGGGGGCGGGGGGUUUAGAGAGAGCAGUCUAGAGUCGGGUUCUGCAUCCACCGUUACUAUCUACAAUGGAGAGCUACCUUUGCUACUUGGGAUUUGCCUACUGCCGCAAAGUCAAGAGCAAAGUUCGAUUUAAUUUCCUGUUCUUCCCACCAAAGUAUUUUUCAAGGACGUCAAAUCUCGCUUGCAGGAGAAUGGCACCAUCACGACUACACUCUUCUUUCCUCCCUCCGAAAAACACGCAGCAUCACAUGUUCUAUUCUCCGGCAAUCCACUUUCCGGCUUUUUCCUUCAAAUGGAGGAAAAGGCAGCUUCGAACCUUCCCUUAACCCACCAUGACGAACUCAAUUCGAGAGGAAAAAAAAAAA